GGUAAUUCAGGUAGAUGGGGAGUUAGAUGCGGAUGUUGGACAUCGGGUUGGAGUGGCUUGGGCCAAAUGGCAGUUAGCUUCAGGGGUGUUGUGUGAUCCGAAAAUUUCGCCUAGAAUGAAAGGUAAGUUCUAUCGAUCCAUAGUCAGACUUGCUAUGUUAUAUUGGGCAGAGUGUUGGGCGGUUAAGAAGACUCAUGUGCGUCGUCUGCAUGCGGCGGAGAUGCGGAUGUUACGAUGGAUGUGCGGGAAGACAAGGUUGGAUAGAAUUUCGAAUGAGGUUAUCCGACGUCAAGUAGGUAUGGCACCGGUGGAAGACAAGUUGCGGGAAGCGAGGUUGAGGUGGCUUGGCCAUGUGAGACGGCGGGAUGCUGACGCCCCUGUACGGAAAUGCGAGAGGAUUACAGUUAUCGAGGGAAGUAGGGGAAGUGGUAGACCUAAGAAGAAUUGGGAGGAGGUGAUAAGACAGGAUUUAGGACUUCUCGACCUGACUGAAAAUAUGGCCCUAGAUAGGAACCUUUGGAGAACUAGGAUUAGAGUAGCUGGAUAGGAGCUCGGUGUUGUAGAGGUUGUUUUGUAGUGUUUUGUAUUUGUUGGGAAUCUUUUGCCGGGGGUCUCUUGGAAACAGCCUCCCUACUUCCGAGUAGGGGCAAUGUCUGCGUACACACACCCUCCCCAGACCCUACUGUUGUGGGAUU